UAUACUUCUUGUGAACUCACUGGAGUUCAGUUCAGCGGGUACUUUUCACUACCAAGUACCAACCCAACCCACUAUAUGUCUUAGUCUAGUCUCCUCUCCUGAUACUGAAAAGUGAAUUCCUCGGCCGGCUGGGUAAUCUAGGACUUGUCCUUAGACGUGCGCGCAUAUUGAUCUCUUGCUCGACCGGGAGGCAGAUUCUGCUCGGUCUCUCUUGGUUUAGGCCAACGCAGAUGGUUGAUCCUGACGAUCUUCGGAGGGCGAUCGGUCUUCCUGUUACUGCUUCGCUGGGCCCUGUUGGUCCCCUCCUCCGGCAACUCCAUGAGGGGGUCAGUGAGGAUGAGAUUCAGAGGCUCACGGUGCAUUUCGAUGGAUUAUGCGUCUCCCUCAUGCAUCAGUCAGAGGUGGAGAAACCUAGCUUCGCCGCCAAGUGCUGGAUGAGUGAGGUCCGGGAACUUUGCUACGACAGCAAAAACUACUUCGACGAUGCCCCGUUUAUUUCCAAGCAAGACGACGACGAUGAUGAUGCCCAGCUCACUCCAGAAGAGAAGCAAGAAAAUGCCCAGUUCGAGUUCAAGAUGAUCGAGGCUCGCGCGGAGCAUGCGUAUGGGAGAAGGGGAAGGUACGGAUUCGACCAGAAAAGCGUCAAUAAGACCACUAAGAUUCCAUCAACAGGACGCCGGCUCCCAGUUCUCCAUCCGGAACUAAUUGAUCGUUGCCGAAUGGAUCAACUUGACACCUUGCUUCGUAAGGAUGAGGAGCAGCAGCUCAAGGUCGUAUCUCUGGUAGGAUUUGAGGGUGUCGGUAAAACCACACUUGCCAAGAGGUUAUACCACCAUAGAGGUGGGCAGUUCAACUGCCGGGCUUUUGUGCGGGUGUCUCCCAACCCGGACAUGAGGAGGCUUCUAACCACCAUAUUCACCCAGAUUCAAUUGCCGACCUCUUCUUCUUCUUCUUCUUCUUCUUCUUCUUCUUCUUCUUCUUCUUCUUCUUCUUCUUCUUCUUCUUCUUCUUCUUCUGGUACUGUCUCUCAGCCUGCUUGCUGCUUGGAUGCGCAGGCCCUCAUCAUAAAUAUUGCAAAAUAUCUCCAAUCAAGAAGGUACUUAAUCAUAAUUGAUGACUUAUGGAGUACUUCAGCAUGGGAUGUUAUUAGGCGUGCUUUUCCUGAUGGUGAUUGUCACAGCAGAAUUAUAACAACCACCCAAUUCGGGGAUGUAGCAUCGGCAUGUUGUAGUUAUCAGUCAAAGUACGUAUUUCAUAUGGAACCUCUAAAAUAUGAUCAAUCACGAAAAUUGUUUUUCAGUAUAGUGUUUGGCUCUGAAGAUAAAGUCAGUUUUCCUGAGGAUUUCAGAGAAGUCUCAUCUGAGAUUGUCAAGAAAUGUGGUGGUUUACCAUUAUCAAUUAUAAAUAUAGCCAGCUUGUUGCCAACAGAAGAAAGCGAAAUAAACCUCCAGCAAUGGAUGGACAUUCGAGAUUAUAUGCCUUCCACUAUGAGGACAAAUCCUACGCCCGAAGGGAUAAAACAAGUUCUAAACCUUGUCUACAAUAAUCUUUCCCCUGAACUGAAGACAUGCUUGCUGUAUCUUGUUGUGAAUCCAGAGGGCUACAUGGUGAGUAAGGAUGAUUUGGUGAAGCAAUGGGUAAUUGAAGGUUUUAUACGGGAAGGACAAAACAAAGAGGAAAUUGCAGGGGGUUAUUUUGAUGAGCUUGUCAGGAGAGGCAUGAUCCAGGCUGUAGACAUCAAUUACCGAGGGGUGCUGUCAUGUACACUUCACCACAUGGUACAUGAUCUUAUUGUGAAGAAAUCCAUUGAGGAAAAUUUCAUAGUUAUCCAGGACUGUUUUCAAUCAGCUAUAGGUCUUCCUGACAAAGUUCGUCGUCUGUCUGUCCAAUUCGGUGGUGCAAGGAGCGCAAAUAUACCGAUGGGAGUCAUGAUGUCUGAAGUUCGAUCACUUGCAUUUUUUGGAUUCUAUGGAUGCACGGACUUCAUUGAGGAGUGUAAGCUUCUUCGAGUUCUAAUUCUCCAUGUGUGGGCUGAUGAAGAUAAAGUGCCUUUUGACCUCUCUGAAAUUAUUAGUAAACUACUUCCAUUGAGAUAUGUGAAGAUUGCAUGUAAUAUCGCUGUCAAACUUCCAGCCGAGAUUCAAGUUCUGCAAUUCCUGGAGAUACUGGAAGUGGAUACACCAGUAGUUGCUAUCCCAUCGGAUAUUGGAGGACUCAGCAGGCUGUCCAGUCUAAAGAUUGCAGUUACAGAGCUAUUGAGGGAAGACAUUUGUAUCCUCCAAAAAUUGGCAGCCCUCACUACUCUUUCAGUGGACGUGAAGACAUCACCCACUGAAUGGAUCGUCUUUGGAAAGGGAGGAUUCUUGGUCCUCACUUUCUUCACAUUCAGGUGCAGUGCACCUCGUCUGCUAAUUGAAGAUAGUGCAAUACCUAAAUGCGAGAAGCUACACCUAUGUUUAAAUGGCCACGAAGCAUCUCCUCGAGAUGGUAAGAAGCCUAUCACCAUCGAGCACUUGGCAAGCCUUAAAGAGAUAUCUGUAAAAAUUUGGGGUGCAGUUGCUAACAAGGGGUCCGCCUUGACGAAUGUUAUUACCAAUGAUGCAAGAAAUCCUAUUCCUAACGUUCAAUUGAUGGGUGAUACCAGUGGUGUAGAAGUCCACAUGAUCUUCGACCUCAACGAUGGUGAUUAUGCUGAAUUCAUCCGCCUCCUUAUUGGCGUGCUCGUGAGGUACGACGACGGUGAACACAUCCAAGGGUAUCCUCCUGUUCUGGGUAAGCAACUGUUCCCGAAAGAGCCAAACAGGUGGAUGCGCAUCAAGCUAGUGGCCGGCAUGACUGAAACAAUCCUUGCUGUUCGGGAUGACAAUCUGAACCUCAUUGGCUUCCAGGCUAAAAACGGAAGGUGGUACGAGUUGGGGUUCGCAGGGAGGAGCACACGAAUGCUUCCUGGAUCCACCUUUUUAGACUGCGAUUGUGACUAUACAGACUUGCUACAGGUAAAAGCUACCUGUCUGGAAGAAAGAAACCGACUAGUCAGGGAAGAAAUGGUGAAGAUAGAGCUAGGCAAGACCUCCUCAAUUGAAGCCGUGGGUAUUCUCUCGGGCUACAAUAAUAAAACGGAAGGUGUGGCAGCUGAUCGAGACACCAGGCGGGCACUGGUGCGCCUAAUGCUCAUGUUGUGCGAGGCCACGAGGAUGACCCCAUUCUUUGACACCGUGCUGGCUAGCUGGAGCGACACACAAGGAGGGAAUAGCCAUAUCUUGAGAGAGGACCAGGCAAUGUACGUUUGGUACUGGGGAAAAAUGUCGGCCGUGCUGCUGGAGUGGGAGGCAACAGGUUAUAAGAGUUGGGGACCAAAUGAGACCACCGCGAUGCUGGCCAAUGAAAUCAAUGUCAAAUCUGCACAAGAGGCACUCGCUGUCGUCAAGGUGCUUCUCAACACACCCGUCGCCCCCAACAACACUUGCACCAGAGGAGGCCGACCUCUUGUGGAGGUGUUUACCAUGCGUGCUGACUCCGGUGUUGUUGACACCAUUUCGGUUUUUGACGGGAGACGUGGCCAGACCAUAUACAGACACCAUGCUAGCCCCACUCCUAUCCACCACUUUUGGUCUUCGUCUCAAGGUCCUAACGAUUUGGUACUCACUGGACCAUAUAGAGCCAUCUCAGCGGAGGGCAGCUUCGCCAUCCAAGUCGACAGCAUCAUCUCCAGGACAGACGCCUCUGACGAACCUAGUAAAGUCAGUGCUGACAUGUCCUGGGAUUGCUACUCCGGUGAAGCCUCCAUGUACAACAAGGUCUUGACCAACCGCAUCGCCACAGACGACAAAGGCCAACUUGCAGAAGUGGCCUAUGCUGUGUUCAGUGACGCCGUGGAGGUCACCGUCCAAAUAAAGGUGACUAGAGUUGACCCCGCCGACGUUUACGGUAAAAUCACCGCGCACAACCAGCACUACGGCAGCAACAGCAUACUGCUCUUCAGCCGUACAGAUUGGGAUUUCCUUGCAACAAAGGAGGAAAAGAGGCAAGGAAGAAGGCGUGCAAAACUGAGGGCAAGUGGAACUUCCAAUUGCUGGAUUCCACUUACGCGAUCCGUCGUUGCGGUGCCAUUAGGCUCGCCGCUUGAGAUAAGGGUCAAUUUGUAUGCAUGUCCAUCCGAAUAUGGGCUUACUGAUUAUUUCAAGGAGGAUAUAGAUUUUUCUCUCAUAGAUCAGCAUGUGGGGCAAAUCAAAAGGCACCAUGUGGUGGUUCGAGUGACCUCGCUGGACAUCUGCACUCUCCCGGAACAAAGUCACACAACACUGCCUACGCUCGCCAUGACCUGGGUUCCAGGGGUGACAAGUAUGAGGACGGGGGCAGGAAUGCCCAUCGAGCAGCCUGCACAUGUGUAUAUGGACUUCAACUGUGGCAGUGGUAAGUACAGUGCAUUCAUGGACGACUUGUGUGAAAAGCUUGCGGAGCACCCGGGCAAAGCUGCUGUCCAUGGGCGGCCUGUCCUCGCCAGGCAGCGGCGUGGAAAGCCAACGAGGCUGUUUAUGAUCAGGCUAGCGGGUGACAGAGAUUAUGAAUGGGUAACUCUGGCCGUUCGGGACGACAACUUGUGCCUCGUUGGCUUCCAAACUCCGGACGGGAGGUGGCACGAGUUCGGCUCCGGCUCCAUAACUUGUCUCCAAGAGUCCACCUUUUUAGGGUCCAAUGGAAGCUAUGAUAGCUUAUUAGGUGAAUCUGGAGACCGGUGGCAAGAGCUGAAGCUGGGCAGGAAGUCCGCAACAGAUGCCAUAGGAAAGCUCUCGGCGUACGAGGACCGAGUGGGCGUAGUAGUUGAUCAAGACACCAAAGUGGAUUUGGCUCGCCUGAUGGUCAUGAUAUGCGAGGCCGCACGGUUGGCAGAAAUCUACGACAUGGUGAAGAAAGGAUGGGAAGACGGAAUCUGUAUCACCGACCGGCAGGUACAGCACAUAGAUAACUGGGACAAUAUUUCUCGCGUUCUGCUUGGCAGAAGAAGGAGAGUCAGAAACAUAGGUUUGAAGAAGGAAGACGACGCGGCAGCUGUAGUGAAGAUGGUGCUUAACCCUUUCCGUCCCCUUGUGGAGGUGUUUGGCCUGCGUGCUUACCCUAGUUUCAGUGGCACCAUCUCCGCCGUGGACGACAAAGGAAGCAAGGUCGUCAUUUACAACAAGGACCCUCAAGCCAAACGAGAUGAUACUCCGUCCUCUCAGACGCAAACUCAGAGUAAUAUCGAUUGUCACCACAAAGAAGCACAGGAGGAUUUGCCACCUGCUGUAACGUACAGACCCAUCUCAGCUGACGGGGAGUUCUACAUUCAAGUCAGUGGCAAUUCCACCACACAUACCUCCCGUCUCACCUUGGUAUGGGAUGGUCAUUCCGAUAAAGCUGCGUACAACAUCAUCAACACACACCAAAUCAGCAUAGGCAGCUCCAAAGCUGAACUAACGUAUGCGGUGCUCCACGAUGCCGUGGAGGCCACCGUGAAGGUCCAGCUGAAUCUCAAGGAACCCGAAGAAGCUGGCACCGUCACCGGCGUGUACGGUGAAAUCACCGCGACCAACCAGCACUACAAGAACAAGAGCAUCCUGCUCUUCAGCCAUCCAAAGGAACAGGCAGUAAAACCCGAGGUCAAUGCCUCGGAUGCCGUUUCAAUUUCACUCAAGUUGAUGAGGGGUUUCAUUGUGGCGUCACUUGAGCGCUUGCUUGUGAUAAAGGUUAGCUUGCGUGCUGUGUGCUCCAGCUAUGAGGAACCCAUAUGCUUCGAGCAAGAAGUGAGUUUCGACCCCAAUAUGGGUACCGCGCAAACAGCGAAGAUCGAUGCACCCACUAUGGAGGCUCAAGUGAUGUUCAUCACCAACGAGCGAAAUGCGCCCAGCCAGGGAAGGGUAAAGCAAUGGCGCCGGCGACCACGCGCGAGUGCCGCAAUACUCCCCAACACUACUACUGCGGGAUGAAGAAUAAACAAACAGUGUUUCAUUUCCUUGUUUGUGUGCUGUUGCUUUUAAUUAUGGAUGUCCCCUCCCCUGUUCACAACCAUCUAUAUUGUACAUGCGCUGGAGUAUUGUGGAUUUGUAUGAUUGUAGAGUAUCCUGGAACUAUCUAAACCAGGACUGUAUCCUGGACCUAGUAUUAUUGGUUAUUUGCGUGUAAA